AUGGCCGUUGGUGCUGCUGAACACGCUAAUGAGCGUCGCCACGAUGCUCAAGAGGCAUCCUUCGCCCCUGAUACCCACAGACCGUGGCACGCUCAUUCCCGAGCAUAUUUGCUUGCCGCUGUCGGUUUCAUGGGUAUCUUCCUUUUCGGUUACGACACCGGUCUCGGUGGUGGUGUAAUCGCACUCCCUACUUUCGCCAAAGAAUUCAAUAUCACUGGUUCUAAAGCACACAUCGCUGCUCUCCAAGGUAACAUUGUCGCCAUUUUGCAAGGUGGUGCUUUCUUCGGUGCUAUCGGUGGUGCACCACUCGAGGAUUAUUUAGGACGAAAAUGGUCAUUGAUGGUCGGUUGCUGGAUCUUCAUUGUCGGUGCCAUCCUUCAAGUAGUCGCCACAAAUUCACUUAGUCUUGUUUAUGGUGGUCGAUUCGUUUCAGGUUUUGGUGUCGGUCUCAUGAGUAUGGUUUGUCCUACUUACGCGUCUGAGAUCGCUCCUAAAGAACUUCGAGGACGAAUUACUGGUAUGUUCCAGGUCAUCGUUGUUAUUGGUGUCGCUUUCUCCUAUUGGAUCAACUACGGUGUCACCUUCAUGAAUGCUUCCAGAGGUGCUAUUCAAUGGAGAAUCCCAAUCGGUUUCCAAUUGGUUCCUGUCGGUUUCAUGGUCAUGCUCCUCCCCAUCCUCAAAGAAUCUCCUCGAUGGCUCGCUAUCAAGCACAAGGAUGAGCUUGCUCUCAAAAACCUUGCUUGGAUCAGAAAACUCCCAGCUUCUGACCCAUCUGUCCAAUUCGAAUUCGCUGAAAUCGUCGCUGCCAUCCGAGAGGAAGAACAAGCUACCUCUGGUGCUUCUUGGCGAGAAAUUGGUGCCAAGGGUAACCCAAUCCGAUUCGUCAUCGCUUUUGUGAUCUUUACUUUGCAACAAUGGUCAGGUCAAAACUCCAUUUCUUACUACGCUCCAACUAUCUUCCAAUCUAUCGGUCUUAAAGGUGCCAAGACCGGUCUUCUUGCGUCCGGUGUCUAUGGUAUCGUCAAGAUCGUCGCCACUGGUAUUUUUAUCGUUUUCGGUGUUGACAGAUUUGGUCGAAAGAAGCCUCUUCUUACUGGUAUCGCUCUUAUGAGUUUGUUCCUUUGGAUCGUCGGUGCUAUUUUCAAGACUCACAUCCCUGACGCUGCAGCUACCACCGUCCCUCCCGCGUCUAUUGGAAUGGCUGUCUGUAUCUACCUCUUUGUCAUUCCUUACUGUUUCUCUGUCGGUCCUCUUCCUUGGGUUAUUUGUUCCGAAAUCUUCAGCAACAGAACUCGACACUACGGUCUUAUGACAGCUGCCGCUACUCAAUGGGCUUGGAACUUCGGUGUCACCAAAGCUACCCCUCUUAUGGUCAUCGCCAUGCCUAACGGUGGAAUUUUCUUCUUCUUUGGCGCUAUCAAUAUCAUCUCUUUCACAUUGGCCUUGUUCUUCUUGCCCGAAACUUCUGGAACAUCCCUUGAGGCAAUGGACAUCAUUUUCGGAUCCGUCACCAAAGAAGAGCGAGAAGCCGAAAUUGCUCGAAGAGCCGGUGCUAUCGAGAAAGCUUUCGAUGAUGAGGAGAAAGGAGUAACCACUCACCAUGAACACAACGAAGACAAGGUAUAA